CUGGGUGGGGACUAGUCCCUGGGCUGCAGGCGCCGCUGCUACACACGCACAGCGCACAGCGCGCAGCGGCGGCCGCUCCGUGGCAGCUCCUACUACUGCUGGGCUGGGCCGGGCCGGGCUGGGCGGGCUCCGCGGGCUGCGCCGGGCUCCCCUGCACACAUCGGCUCCCCCGCAGGAGACCAGCCGCUCUCCGACGAGCCGCGGGCGCCCAGCCCAGAUCUGCCAGUGAGCCUCAGGCUUUGGGAACUCAAGAGUGUAUCUGAAAAGCCUACCCAGCAUUCCAAUGGCCAGCAACAACACCGCCAGCAUAGCACAAGCCAGGAAGCUGGUAGAACAGCUGAAGAUGGAGGCCAACAUCGAUAGGAUAAAGGUAUCCAAGGCGGCUGCAGACUUGAUGGCCUACUGUGAGGCCCAUGCCAAGGAAGACCCCCUGCUGACCCCCGUCCCGGCUUCAGAAAACCCAUUUAGGGAGAAGAAGUUUUUCUGCGCCAUCCUUUAAGCCUUCAUGAGGAGCCUGAAGAGCCGCCGGGCUCCUGGGACACUGAUGUAGAGUUCUUAGCAAAGUGGGCGCCUUUCUAGUCCACAGCAUUUAAAGAGAGGGAGGAGAACCAUCCUGGAAACUCCAGGCUAUGCAUGUUUAAAGAACUGGUCCCCUUUAUGAGAAUGAUCGCCAAACCACAUCCCAAGUUAAGAGAUCUGAUAUCUGCAGAACUGCCUGGAGGAGGGGAAUCUGUAAAGAUAAAAUCCGCGUCAUUUCUUUUCUGCUAUCCCUCCCCACACCUUAUGUUUCUGCUUCAUAUUUAAAAAAAAAAAAUCAAAACAGACAGCCGUACUGAGCUAAGAUGUGUAUGACCUUCUUGGAAUGAAUAUUGCCUUUAGCAUACCCUUUGAUAAGCUGAAUUGUCCAGUGUAGCCGCAGUUUGGUUUUAUGGCAUUGAUGUUUAGUCUUUGUGCCUUUUUCUUUUCUCCUUCCCCCGUACCUCUCCUUCCACCCCUUCCCAUUAGAGUAGUACAAAGAUAAGACUGGACUUGUCCGUAAGACUGAACUCCAAGGAUGAGAACCCAAACAUGUAGGGAGAUGCUCCCCGUGGUUUAUCCUCAUGGUAAUAACAACAAAAAAACGCCGGUUGUCUGUGUUCUCUUAUCACAAUUCCUAACAUUUGUACAUGAUAGCUUUGAUUCUGCAAGUAAAAGUAAAUCAUGUGUUGUGACUGGUGCUUUCAUAUAUUUGUGACAAUUUUUGAGUGAUACUGCAUGAAAAUGUCCCUAUGUUACAUCCAUUCAGAAGGUUUGUUGUUUCACUCUGAAGUUUGGAACAGGAACGCGAGAGGAGAAAAGCUGGAGAAGAAAAAUCUCAGUCUCUUGAAAACUGAGAUCACUUCAGCGCCUUAGCCAUGCCUAAAAUACCUCUGAGUUCACAGUGGCGUAUACGCCUCUUCGACGUAUUUUCCAGAAUCCAAAGCAGUUUGGUUGUGUCCAGGAUCCAGGACAGCACAGGAACCACUGAACAGGACAGGGAAGGAUUCAGCAUCAGUUGGGAGGUGCUUUUGUUAGAGUAAGGGCAAAUUUCAUCUUUCCCUGAAUUGUGGAAAUUCUAGAUUCAAGAACACUUUCUGUUUGUUCAAGUACCAGGAGAAAUAAACCUGGAUGGCUCCAGAGAAGACCCAUUCUCAGCAUCCUGGCUGUUCCCUGCCAGGGAGAAGGGGGCAGGUGCGGCCCCCUCAGCCAGCAACAUCAGAAAGGUUCUGGCUCUUUUUUGCCACUGAGAUGGUCUUUGCUUUUCACUCAGCAGAUUUUUCAGUAGAACCUUUUCUGGUUUUGUUUUCCAUCUUGUUUGUUAGAGUCUCUCAGUCUUUAUUUACAACUUCCUGGCAGCUAGAGCCCUCUUUUCCCAAGAGAUGAUCUUAAAAGUGAUUUUUCCUUACAGCUCUAGCCUUCAUCAGUAAUGGAAGGUCCUGGAAGCCUGCAUCACUUUUUUUUUCUGUGCCAUUCCCAGGCAAAAGAGGACCUCUCUUACAUCUCGCUGUUUACUUUGAUGUCACGAAAACCAUUUCCAAAUUCAUUCUAUUCUCUUUCCAUUCUCUUCCUUCUGUUAAAAAAAAAAAAAAGGAAGGAAAAAAGAUGUAAAAGCUUAAUAUGCCAAGGACAGGUUUUGAGAGAGUAAAUAUUUUCCUUAGCUCCUUUUAUGGGCAUGAUGGCAAAAGAAUAAGUACAUCCAAUUAAAGCUCACGCCUGGGGCCAGGAAAAGGGACUGCUGAAACAUUUGCAAAAGGUAUUAAUGUACUUCUGUAACCAGAUACUGCUGUUCAAACCUUGGGGUGUUGUUACAAUCAGUGAGACACUAAUGCAGAUACAGUGGGAAGACCUUGGCAGAGUAGUUGUUAAACUACAUACCAUAUUGUACCAUUAGCUUAGUAUUACCGUGGAAUCAACUAAAACCGUAUCACAUUUUUAAAAUUAGUCAAAACAUGCAUUGGCCAUGUAGUCACACAAAAACAACUGUAAAUGAAGCACCUUUUGGUGGUGAUUAAGGUGUCAUUGCGAGACCCCAAGGAUUUUCAUAAUCCACAUCAUUGAUGUUUCUUAGAGGGGCUCUUUAUGUUUUUAUGUGAAUCUAGAUCUUUGGAGCAGUUAAGAUGGAACUAAAACUUGAAGGAUGCACCAUAAUACGGCUCUGGUAAUUAGAAAAGUUAAGGCAGUUCCAAAGUGCGUGCGACCUUGUUUACAAAAGAAGAGAGAAGGCAGAGAACACACAGCCCAUCUGAAAUUACGUUUAAGGAAAAUGUUUUGGCUUUGUCGUACUUUCAUGUCCUAUCGUAUGGAAUUAUACUGCCAGAGUCUUUAUAUGCGUUUUUGCUUAUUGGUAUUUUUACUUGUUAAGGGGAAAAGAAAUCUUUUGAUGACUUAUACCUCUAAAGAGCUUUAAUUCUGUUAGAAGUUCACCGAUCAUUUCCACCAGCAUGACUUUAUCUUAAGGAAUAACCAAUAGGAAAACUUAAUUAUUCAAGGCCCUAAUAUCUGCAUAUAAUGUAUUGGAUAGUAAUGAGAAUCUGCCAUGCAGUUAAACAGUAACAAUAACCCUCAUAUUUAGGGGAAAAAAUAUCUUGUAUCAUCCUCAAUAUUCCAAUUUCUUUUUUUUUUUCGAUUUUAAACCAAGUACUAUUUAAUUUUAAUUAGAGGUUGCAAAAAAGUACUUUGAUCUGAGGGUAAUUUUAAUAAUAAUAUUUGAAAGAGAUUGCUUACCAAGGAGAAAUUAAAUCAAUUUAUCCAUAUACUCCUAUUCACAAAUGGGAAUUGAGGAAAUCAAGCAUGCUGUCUUAGAGUUUUGUAUUUUUUUUUAAUAUUUGCUUUAAGCUGCUCCUGGCAAAGGUGAAUUGUUACAUAUACAUUAAUAUAUUCCCAACCCAAGAAUGGUUCACAUUUUUCCUAUAUAAGAUCUAUGGAGUGUGUCUUUCAAAGAGAGGAAAAUACAGAAAUGUUAAAGAAGGAAAACCUGAAUGUGAUGUGCACAUUUUCAUCCCACAUGGACAAUGUAUUUGUUUUAAUAAAUGGAAUUUUCAAAUUCA